GUGAGCCAGAGGGCUAGGCAGACACGCCCCGGGUUUGAGGGUCGUCAUGGUCAGGUGGUGAGGCUGAGGAGUUGGAGUGGGCGCAAGGAGCAGUCACUAUCGAGCAUGCUCAGUCGAGGGUUCGACUACCGGUCUGGCUCGAGGGAUUACUUCCCUAUAUCCGGCAGUCGGACAGGGAGGCAGACUGUCUCCUCGAGAUACCAUGGAAAACUAUCAGGUUUUGAAAAUGUUCAGACCUGGAGCCUUAGGAGUGAACCUGGUGGUGGAGGAAAUAGAAACGGAAACCAGGUGGAGUGUAUUGAUGAGCACCAUGCCAAUCAGGCCCUGGAGGAGCUGAUGCCUGUGCUGAAGCUCCAGCACCCCAACAUCUCUGUGUACCAUGAGAUGUUCAUCAUGUGGAAUGAUGAGAUCUCCUCUCUGUUCCUCUGCCUGGUGAUGGACUAUACCCCCCAUGGAACGUUCCAGAAUAUCAUUGAGAAUAAGAGGAAAACAAAAGAGACCUUUGACUGUGAGUGGAUGCAUACCAUGCUAAGCCAGGUGUUGGAUGCCGUCGAGUACCUACAUCAGCUGGACAUCAUUCACAGGAACAUCAAGCCUUCCAACAUUGCCCUUAUCAGCAGCAACUACUGUAAACUCCAGGACUUGAGCUCACAGGCACUGAUGACCCACGAAGCCAAGUGGAAUGUUCGAGCAGAAGAAGACCCAUGCCAAAAGUCCUGGAUGGCUCCUGAAUGUCUUAAAUUCUCCUUCUCCUGCAAAUCCGACAUCUGGUCUCUGGGCUGCAUCAUUCUAGACAUGGCCACUUGCUCCUUCCUGAAUGACACAGAAGCAAUGCACCUGCGGAAGGCCAUCCGACAUCACCCAGGCAGCCUGAAGCCCAUCCUGAAGAACAUAGAGGAGAAGCAGCUCCCCGGUGCAGAGAUGUUCAGUUUCCUUCUGCCCUUCAUGCUACACAUCAACCCCUCGGAUCGACUGGCCAUCAGAGAUGUGAUUGGAAUAAUCUUCACGAGCACCUCCUUCAGAAACUUCAGUGAUACUCGGAACAUUCACCGGCAGGCAAUUCCCAUUUUCAUCACUGAUGUGCUGCUAGAAGGCAACAUGGCCAACAUCUUAGAUGUCAUGCAGAGUUUCUCCACCCGACCAGAGGUCCAGCUCCGGGCCCUUGACAAGCUUCUGACAAUGCCAGAGGAAGAUCUAGGCCUGCCAUGGCCCGAAGAGCUGGUGGAGGAGGUGAUCAGCAUCAUGACACAGCACGAGAGGAUCCUGGACAUUAUGCUCAGCACUUGCCUUCUGCUGCUGCGUAUUCUAGGCCAAGCUCUGGCCCAAGACUCAGAAACUGAGAUCCCAAGGAGCAAUUACAUCAUCUCCUUCCUGGUGAAUAUCUUGCGGAACCACCCUGACUCUGAGAGACUCAUCACCAUGGUCUACAACCUGCUCACCAUUAUCUCCAGCCAAGGGUUGGUCUCCGAAGAGCUGGAGGAGGAGGGUUUGUUUCAGCUUGCCCAAGAGCACCUGGACCACUUCAUGGAGGACAGGGACAUCUGCCUCGCUGUCCUGACCCUGCUCUGGUCCCUCCUGGUGGAUGUUGUCCCUGUGAACAAAGAGCCUUUGGAGAAGCUCUCAGCCAUAGCCACCUGGGUGCUGACCACUUAUCUGGAGGACGUGGAAAUAGCUGAGGCUGGCUGUGCAGUGCUCUGGCUGCUGUCCUUGUUGGGCUGCAUAAAGGACAGUCAGUUUGAGCAGGUGGUAGCGUUGUUCCUGAAAAGCAUCCAGCUGUUCCCUACCAGCGUACUACUGGUGAACAAUGUAUGUCGUGGCUUGACCAGCCUUGCAAAGGUAUCUGAACUGGCAGCCUUCCGAGUGGCAGUACUAGAAGAGGGCAGCAGCGGCCUCUACCUCCUGCAAGAUAUCUACCAGCUCUACAACGAUGACCCUGAGGUGGUGGAGAACAUCUGCAUGCUGUUGGCCCACCUGGCCUCCUACAAGGAGAUCCUGCCAGAGCUGGAGUCUGCAGGCAUCAAAGACCUACUCCAGGUGAUUGUGGAGCGCUUUACCUCCAGCCUGGAGCUGAUUUCUUAUGCUGAUCUGGUACUUCGGGCACUAGAGGCAGCUGCACCACCCAGCCCUAAGGAGGAGGAGCUUAAAUCUGACGAAGAGCCAGAAUCCUCUGAGGUCUCCCCGCAACUGCAGGAAGAUCCUAUCUUCCAGACCUGAAACGUUACCCUUCCGGGCCUGGGGUAAGGGGAAGUCUCACCAGGACCAGGGUUGUAUUUUGCACUCCACAGUGACUAAUAAAGCCCUAGGCUGUUCCUGGCCCA